AUGGCCGAAUUCAAGCUGAAAGACGUCUCGUCGCUGGCCCUCAAGGUAGGCGAGAAGAAAGAGGUCGAGGUCGAAGGCAUUGACGACGCCAAGGUCCUGCUCGUCAACGCCGCCGGCACCAUCCAGGCCAUUGGGCCCAAAUGCACGCACUACGGCGCCCCCCUCAUCAAGGGCGUCCUGACGGCCAACGGCCGCAUCACCUGCCCGUGGCACGGCGCCUGCUUCAAUGCCAAGACGGGCGAUGUGGAAGACGCCCCCGCCCUCGACUACCUGCCGACCUUCAAGGUCGCGGAGCGCGACGGCGCCGUCUACAUUACGGGCGACAAGGAGACCAUCAAGGCCGGCCGCCGCAAGCCCAAGUUCAAGGCCACCGUCGCCAAGGAGGACGCCAAUAAGGUCGUGGUCGUGGGCGGCGGCUCGGGCGCCAUUGGCACCGUGGAGGCCCUCCGCGAAAAGGGCUUUGGCGGCAGCAUCACGGUCGUCACGAACGAGGGCUACCUGCCCAUUGACCGCCCCAAGCUCUCCAAGGCGCUCAUCGCCGACCCGGCCAAGCUGCAGCUGCGCGACGCGGCCUGGUUCGAGACGGGCGGCGUGUCCAUUGUGCAGGACGAGGUCACGAGCAUCGACUUCGCGGCCAAAACGGUGCAGACCAAGGGCGGUGCCGCCCUGCCGUAUAGCAAGCUGGUCCUGUCGACGGGCGGCACGGCGCGCCGGCUGCCCCUGCCCGGUUUCAAGGACCUCGGCAACAUUUUCACGCUGCGCAACGUGCACGACGUCCAGAAGAUUACGGGCGUGCUGGGCGCCGGCGACGGCGCCAAGAAGAAGGUCGUCAUUGUCGGCUCGUCGUUUAUCGGCAUGGAGGUGGCCAACGCCACGGCCAAGAACCACGACGUGACGGUGAUUGGCAUGGAAAAGGUGCCGCUGGAGCGCGUGCUGGGCCUCGAGGUCGGCGCCGCCGCCCAGAAGGGGCUCGAGAAGAACGGCGUCAAGUUUUACCUGUCGGCAUCCGUCGACAAGGCCGAGCCGUCGGCCGCCGACGCGACCAAGGUCGGGGCCGUGUUCCUCAAGGACGGCACCAAGCUCGAGGCCGACCUGGUGAUUUUGGGCAUCGGCGUCGCCCCGGCCACCGAAUACCUCCGCGACAACAGUGCGGUCCGCCUCGAGUCGGACGGUUCCCUCAAGACGGACGAGACAUUUUCGGUGGCCGGCCUCCAGGACGUCUACGCCCUCGGCGACAUUGCCACGUUCCCUUACCACGGCCCCGGCGGCGAGGGCAAGCCGGUCCGCAUCGAGCACUGGAACGUCGCCCAGAAGGCCGGCCGCAUCGCCGCCGAGCACAUUGUCGACCCGACGCUGUCCGGCAGCAACAGGGGACCGGGUUCCUUUUUCACGCCCGUCUUCUGGUCGGCGCUGUCGGCGCAGCUGCGCUACUGUGGCAACACGGCCGCGUCCGGGUUCGACGAGAUUGUGCUGCAGGGCAGCUUCGACUCCGGCUCGUGGGCCGCGUUUUACACCAAGGGCGAGACCAUCGUCGCCGUGGCUACGAUGGGCAAGGACCCCGUCAUGGUACAGAGUGCCGAGCUGAUGAAUGUCGGCAAGAUGCCCACCAAGAGCCAGCUGGUGGCCGGUGUGGAUGUGCUGACCUUGGGUCCCCCGUGA